AUGCAAUAUACCGUAUAUGUAGCUUAUCUAUUUGCAGAUAGCUUACUGUAUUUGCAGACAACUUAUUGCCUACCAUAUAUGCUUCCUACCAUAUAUGCUUUUAACCGAUCCGAAGUAUCGGCCUUAUUGGAUAGAAUGCCUUCCGCUGACGGUUAUCAACCUAGCCUGAGUACCAAAAUGGGUAUGUUACAAGAAAGAAUUACUUCUACCGAAGAAGGGUCCAUAAUUUCUAUUCAAGUAGUUUAUGUACCUACAGACGAUUCAACCGACCCUACUCCUGCUACCACAUUUGCACAUUUAGAUGCUACUAUCGUACUAUUAAGAGGAUUAGCUGUCAAAGGGAUCUAUCUGGCAGUAGAUCCUUUAGAUUCACCUCCCUAUUACAGAAGCAAAACCCUAUAA